ACCUGUUCAACCCAACCAAAGAGAACUUUGUAUAGUCAAUAAUAAGUGCAAGGAUGAAGAAAAAAAGAAGCGAAAGGGUUUGAGAGUUGGUGACUUGGGAGUUAAGUGUUUCCUUCUCUCCAUAGCAACGACAGACCUGCAGCUUUCAUACGAUGAUGAGUUCUGGAGCAACUACAAGCCAAAAUGUUGACUACACUCACUUUAUAUCACUUCCAUUGUCUACACAUCCUGAAACGGUCAACAAGCUCACCAACUUGAAGAACUCAGUUCUUGGAACUGCUGAAGUCAAUCAAGAUUUGGGAAUUGAGAAGUCCAUGUUUACUAAUCCAAAAACAUUUCACUUGACUGUGCUCAUGCUGAAACUUUGGGAUAAUGACCGAUUUAAAGCUGCUUCUGAGGUUAUGCGGAGUGUCUCACCAAAAGUACUUGAUGCUUUGGAGAGGCGACCUGUGUCUAUAAGACUGAAAGGUUUGGAGUGCAUGAGAGGUUCUCCAGCAAAAGCUUAUGUUGUCUAUGCUCCUGUUGAAGUAAUUGGUGGUGAAGCCCGACUCUUACGUGCCUGUCAGGUGAUCAUUGAUGCGUUCAGUGAAGCUGGUCUUGUUGUUGAAAAAGAUGCAAAACAGAAGUUAAAGUUGCAUGCCACAAUACUGAAUGCGCGAUACAGAAAAAGCAAAAAAAGAUCAGAAACAACUGACCCCUUUGAUGCGCGAACAAUUUUUGGUGAAUAUGGCUCGGAAGAAUGGGGAGAGUGUCUUAUCCGUGAAGCUCAUCUUUCAAAAAGGUUUGUGUACGCUGAGAAUGGCUAUUUCCAUUGCUGUGGUUCCAUCCCAUUUCCUGAAGAGAGGCAGGGUGUAUCUGAGGCGGACCCAGGAUUUUGAGUUCGGGGGUGCUGGACCCAGGAAUUUUGAGUUCGGGGGUGCUCUAUUAACUAUUUAUAUCUGUUUCCUUUAUAUUUUCUAUACAAUUAUACACUCCGUGAUUAAGUUUAAUGGAUGCCGGAGCACCCAAACUUUACACAUGGGUCCGCCCCUGAAUGUAUGCUUAUAGUAAAUUGUUGAAGACAUUAUAUACGGCUCCCAACUUUUUAUUGA